AUGGUAAUGGAAUGUAACGGGCAAUGGAAAUGGCAACACGGAAUGGUAACGGGUAACGGAAUGGCAACGGAAAUGGCAAUGGAAAUGGCAACGGAAAUGGUAACGGAAAUGGCAACGGGCAACGGAAAUGGCAACGGGCAACGGAAAUGGCAACGGAAAUGGGCAUGGGCAACGGAUAUGGGCAUGGGCAACGGAAAUGGGCAUGGGCAACGGAAAUGGCAACGGAAAUGGACAACGGAAAUGGUAACGGGCAACGGAAAUGGACAACGGAAAUGGCAACGGAAAUGGGUAUGGGCAACGGAAAUGGCAACGACCAAGGGCAACGGAAAUGGGCAUGGGCAACGGAAAUGGCAACGGAAAUGGCAACGGAAAUGGGCAUGGGCAACGGAAAUGGCAACGGAAAUGGCAACGGAAAUGGCAACGAUCAAUGGCAACGGAAAUGGCAACGGAAAUGGCAACGGAAAUGGCAACGACCAAGGGCAACGGAAAUGGAGACAAUGGGCAACGGAAUGGAUGGGCAACGGAAAUGGGAAUAAGGGCAACGGAAAUGAUGGGCAAUGGAAAUGGCAACGGAAAUGGUAA